CUACACUGCUGUGUUUACCGCAUUUUCGCAGAAGCAUACAUAUAUACACCCAUAUAUAUUGGUAAUGCUUCGGUGAUACGGUUACCAUGGACAUUCCAGAUCAGCAUCCGUCGAAAGACGUAUACAGCGCAACAUCGGCUAAUCUACCUAACGGUGCUGCCUCAAUCGAUCCUCUCUCCGCACUCGCCAACAUCGCAUCCACCAUGGCACCUGUUGUGGAGAACGGCAGUAAUUUCAACACAGUGAAACCCGACACACCUCUCGAAUCGGUGGACGCUAGUGAGAAUAGUGUAGGACUGGAGUCAACCGAAUCAGCCAGUAAAGACCACGAGCAUGUGAACGGGGUGGGGGAGGCAGAAGCGCAAAAUCAUACGGAGCUAUUGGGUGUGAACGUACCAUCUGCUAACAAUGUAAACGAUGAUGAAGAGUCAUUGCGAAUAUCUCAAACUGAACCAGAGAUGAAUGUAGUAGCGGGGGUUGACACUGCUGAGGCUUGCCCUAUAACUAGCACUGGUGGUGCUGUCAGUGAAUCUGGUAUGGCUGAAAGUAGUACUAAACAAGUGGCGGUAGAUGAGUCUAGUACAAACAAUAGUGGGGGAGGGGUGGUGCUAGAUACAGAAAACUCAGAGGCUAGUGCAGAGGUUUCAGAACCCGUUGUGCAAUGUCAUACGGCAAUUGAGAAUGGUGAAAGUGGAAGUGUAGUGGCAAAUGAGGUUUCCAAGGAUUCCAAGGUUAGUGCAGAGUCUGUGAACGAUAAAGGGGAUGAUACGAUAUAUGAGACUAGUACGCCUGUGAAAGAGGCGGAGGGCACUGUGGUAGAUGAUGUUGAAGCUAAGGAGAGUGAGGCGGUCGCGGUGCCUGAAACAGCGGUAAAAGAACAGGGGGCGGUCGCUGAAGCCGAAUUGGCUGUGCAACAAAAGGCUGAAGAGCAAGUGAGUGAGUCGAUCGAGGCUGGAGCAGAGGCGAAGAUUGAGGCUGGGCAGGACACUAUUGUUGAGGCAAGUGAGGAGGCUGAACGGAGGGCUGGAGAAGCCAACGGGGCUAAAAGGAAGGUGAAAGAGGCUGAGGGGAAAGCCGAAGAGGUCAAAGAGCCUGAGGGGAAAGCCGAAGAGGUCGAAGAGCCUGAGGGAAAGCCGAAGAGGUCGAAGAGCCUGAGGGAAAGCCGAAGAGGUCGAAGAGCCUGA